CGGAGCUUCGGCCCGGCUCGGCUCGGCUCUGCACCAUGCAGCCGGCAGCCAGCACCUUUCCCCCAGACGAUGAGCCCCUGCUGGAGGAGCCUUUGGUGAACAGACCCGGCGGGCGAAAGCCAGGCGACCACUCCAAUGGGGCUUACGUUAUUUUUUUCCUGCUGGGCAUCGGGUCCCUGCUGCCUUGGAAUUUUUUCAUCACCGCCAAGCACUACUGGGUGUACAAGUUGCAGAACUGCUCGGAGCAGGCAGGACAGGCGCCCUCGGACCUGCGGGACUAUUUUGAGAGUUACAUCUCCAUCGCUUCCACCGUGCCCUCAGUGCUGUGCCUGGUCGGAAACUUCCUGCUGGUCAACAAGGUGCCCGCCAGCGUCCGCAUCCUGGCCUCGCUCUUCGUCAUGCUCUCCGUCUUCCUGGUGAUCACGGUGCUGGUGAAGGUCGACACAUCUGCCUGGACCCCCCUCUUCUUCGGCCUCACCCUCGCCUGCGUGGUGGUGGUCAGCGGCGCCUCCACCAUCUUCACCAGCAGCAUCCUGGGCCUGAGCAGCUGCUUCCCCAUGAGGAACUCGCAGGCACUGAUCUCAGGUCAGGCCAUGGGCGGCACGCUCAGCGCCAUCGCAUCCCUCGUCGACCUGGCGGCGGCCGAUGUGACCGACAGCGCCCUGGCUUACUUCCUCACCGCCGACAUCUUCAUCGUUGUCUGCAUCAUGGUCUACCUCCUGCUGCCCCGCCUGCAGUACUCCAGAUAUUACUUGAGAAGCCACCAGGAGAGUCCGUCCCCAGCCACCGUGCUGCCUGGUGGCCCCAUGGGGGACGAGGCAGAGCCAGGAGGCACCGCGAGCAGCGUGCUGCUGCCCGGCCGCCCCGGCGUCCCCCCGCUGCGCCCCAUCCUGCGCAAGACAGCUGCCCUGGGCUCCUGCCUCUUCUACGUCUUCUUUGUCUCCAUCAUCAUCUUCCCAUCCCUCUCCUCCAACAUCGAGUCCGUCCACAAGACCUCAGGGAGCCCGUGGAGCACCAAGUACUUUGUGCCCCUCACCAGCUUCCUCCUGUACAACUUUGCCGACUGGUGUGGGCGGCAGAUCACCGCCUGGAUCCAGGCACCAGGCCCAAACAGCAAGCUGCUGCCCGCCCUGGUCCUCCUCAGGACCAUCUUCCUCCCCCUCUUCAUCCUCAGCAACUACCAGCCCCGGGCUCACAUCCAGACGGUGCUCUUCGCCCGCGACGCCUACCCGGUGGCCUUCACGGCGCUGCUGGGGCUCAGCAACGGCUACCUGGGCACACUGGCCAUCGUCUACGGCCCCAAGAUCGUGCCGAAGGAGCUGGCCGAGGCAGCGGGGGUGGUGAUGACGUUGUACCUGGUGCUGGGGCUGGCCCUGGGCUCCGCGUGCUCCGCGCUCAUCGUGCACCUCAUCUAGAGCAGAGUGUCCCCAGAGCCCCCCGAGGACAAGCUGGGGACCAAAACCAAUGGACCAAAAAGCCCCAAGCUCAGGGACAGUGGGGACACCCAAGUGGCCAAAGAGACCUCUCCCUCCUUAAAAUGCACCCUGGGAAAUGGCGGCUUGCUGCGUAAAAGCCUGGUGGCGGCAUGAGACCAAAGAUCCUGCAGCCCUCGAAGUCCCAAGGGAGCUCGGAGGGCAGGGAGCAGCUGGGCAUCGUUUCAGGGGGAUUUCCCUGAGGAAAGGGAAUUCCUGGCGUGUGUGAGGGCAACUUCCUCACUUGCACUUCUGCUUGCUUGAGUUGUUCCAGCUGAGAGCAGCCCGUGGCUGUUGGACUUCCUGUGCUGCGGGGUGCAGCUGUGAAUUGGUUAAUUCCAGCAGGACCCCAAAUGCCUCUGGGGGGUGAGGUCUGGGGCACCCAGAGGGCUUCAAAGCCACUUAAACUGCUCUGUGCAAGUGCAGCCUGGGCUACAUGCAAUUAUUAUAUUUAUUUUCUCAAAUUUAUGGUCUGGAAGAGGGGAAGCAGUGAGCAAGGAGGCAAUGGCAUAGCUUGGCAUUUGCAGCUGCUGCCUCGGGGGGGAAUAUCUGUGGAAAACCCUUCCUGUUAAGGCUUGGUGACUAGAAUUACUGGAAGAGGAACGGAUCUCUCUUAUUUUCUUUGUAGCCCACUGGGUUUAACCCCAGAUCACUUACAGGGACCAAAGCGCGAUGUUGUGCCUUCAGUGCGAUGCUCUAGGCAUUGUUUGGGCUCCUGGGUGAUGCAUGUGCAGCUUUGCUUUACGGGUGAUUUUAUUUUUUUUAAAUGAUAAAAUCCUGACACAGGUGGAAAAUUUACAGGGCACAUGGUACAGAGGCUAAGCUGUACGGCCCACAGCUUUGCACACAGAGGCUCUGCAGUGCACAAGCACUGGUGAUGGCUUUUAUAUUUCCCUGGUUGGACACUGACUUGCUCUGGGUGCAAGUUGCUUCUUGUCUGCAGGUGUGAAAUCAUUUCCGAGAUGGAAAUACCCAGGGCUGGCACCUGCAGGUGGCAUCUCAAAUAUUCAUGUCUUCAGCUUCAGGUGGCCUCGGUGGGGUUUUAUGGGGAGAGGUGUUGUGCUGGGCUGGUUCCUGAACUGCCCGGUACCAGGUACGAGGUCCUGCUAAUUACGGGCUGCUCUGCUCGUCCUCCUGUGAUGUUACAGAGGGAAGUGACCGAAUACCUCUCGAGACAGCACUUGAUGGUCUGGUACUGUCGCUAAUAAAGUUAAUUCUUGAUACUGUG